CAUUCACCAUGGAAAGAGGCGAUUUGGAGCUUGGAGAAGUAGACUCGAUUGGUCAAGAAACCAUGCAAAGUCUUCUUGAUUGUGUAGAAGAUGAAGAAAACCAUACGAACCGCUUUUCACCAUCAAUGCAUAUGGCACCUGACAUGACUCAAGACAGUGUCGUUCAACGUCUUCUUGAUCGUGUCAAAAAAGAGGAGAGCCAUAUAAACCAAUUUUCACCAUCAAAUUACAUGGCACCUCGUACACUACGUGAUAUGAGCCCAAGUUCUUUCAACCCUCAGGUGGUCUCUAUUGGACCUUUGCAUAGAGAAGAUGAGAAUGUACAAGCAUUUGAAGUGCGGAAAACAAGUUAUCUCAUUGGCCUAAUGCGACGUGCCAAUUCCCCACAAGAGGAAAUACUGAAAUUAUGUGUAGAGAAGGUGUACGCUUCAAUGGAACAAAUCAAGGCUUGUUAUGUUUGGAAAAAGGCCUAUAGUGAUGCUGAAAUUGCCGACAUGAUGAUUAUGGAUGCGUGUUUCAUACUUGAAUUUUUGUUCAGGUAUUCGAACGAUCAAAUAGCAUUUGAAGAAGGAAUAUCGCAAUUGAGUGUCAUAUUGAUUGAUUUGAUAUUGCUGGAAAACCAGAUCCCUUUCUUUAUUCUUGAUGAAAUAUUUCAGUGCACUGUAUUGGAAUUCAGUCCUAAUGCCUCCCUUCUUAUACUUAUCUAUCCAGUUCUAGCUUAUCUCAACAUCUUUACAGAAGGUAUAAAUAUGGAUAAUAUAUCGGUUAAUAAUACUCAUCAUAUUCUUAGCCUUCUACAUCAAUGUUACAAGCCACCAGAUAACAUAAUCACAACAACAGAUCCCAUCACAACAAUCCCUUCGGUUGUGAAUCUAGAUAGGGCAGGGGUGAACUUCAAACCUAACAAAGAUCCAACAUGGCUUAUGGGGAUGGAAGUGGAAGCAUAUAUGUUCCCUUGUUUUUUUGGGUCUUUGAGUAAGCCUACUCUUAGAAUUCCAGUAUUAAAGAUGGAUGAUUCCACUGAGAUCGUUUUAAGAAAUCUCAUUGCCUACGAGCAGUCAGGUCGAACUCAUGGUUAUGUUACAUCAUAUGCCCUUGCCAUGGAUAUGCUAGUGGAUACUCAAGAAGAUGUUGCGAAGCUGGUAGACUCGGGUGUCCUUGUCAACACUAUUGGUUCUAAUGAUGAAGCUGCUAAUAUGAUCAACAGCAUAUGCAAAGGAACUUUGUUGUUGGAUUUCUUUUACAAAGAACAGUGGGUAAAAUUGAACAAGUACUGUGAUGCUUACUGGCCAAAAAAUAUAGCAAACAUGAAAAGGACUUACUUUAACAGUCCAUGGAAUAUGAUUGCUCUAGUUGCUGGAACCAUUCUAUUUGCUGUAACCGUAGUUCAGACCAUCUUUACCAUUAAGUCUACUUAAAGAAACAAGUAGAACUACACUGUCAUGCGUGGACUACCAGUUUUCAUCUCCAUUUGCACAUUUGGAUGGAUGCUUAAUUACAUCGUAUCAUGUAUUUGUGUAAUGUUAUACUUGAAUUAUAUUUUGAUGUUUGUCUUUUACACCAUACGUGUCGUCGACUUUUCAAAUGUUCUUAAUUUUGUUUUGAAAGCAUUGUACUAAACCUAAGUUUUAGCCUUAUGAAUAAUUGACGUUGGUUGGGCUGUA